UUACUACAACAACCAACAAGCAACCGCCCGCUCGGAGCCACUGCGCAGGCGCCCGCCACCCGGCGCUGACAACGCUCCGCUUUGGUCGCAGACAAAUGUCGUCACCGCCGCUCAGCGCGGUCGCAGAGCCCUGCCUUCAGCGGCGCAGGAGAGGGGUUUGGCUUCUUUUUUUCGCUUUCUUUUCCUCCGCCCCUACAGGGUUGGCUCCAGACCCUGAGUCCUUACGCCACUCUCAACAGGCGAAUUCAAUGCGUGAGCGGCGUACCCAGGUUAAGGCUCGGACAGCGGCAACCGCUGAUUGGCAGUAAAGGGGGUUCACUCCCCAUCUCCUGCUCGGCGCAGAGCUGGCACAGCCAAUCAAAGCGAGAACUGAUGGAAACGACCCAAUCCGGGAGCCAGGCUGAGGGUGGGGGCGAGGACAAAUGGCUCAGCUGGACUCCAGGCUGGAGCUGUCCUGGGGGAUCUUCUUUGCUGCUGCUGCUGCUGCUGUUGCUGUCCUGGGAGUCCGGUCGCCAGUCAGAAAGCCCUCUCAGAGUUGAGGAGAGUCAUGAGCCGUUUCCUGAAUGUGUUGCGAAGCUGGCUGGUUAUGGUGGCCAUCAUAGCCAUGGGGAACACGCUGCAGAGCUUCCGAGACCACACCUUUCUCUAUGAAAAGCUCUACACUGGCAAGCCAGACCUCGUGAAUGGCCUCCAAGCUCGGACCUUUGGGAUCUGGACACUGCUCUCAUCAGUGAUUCGCUGCCUCUGUGCCAUCGACAUCCACAACAAGACGCUCUACCACAUCACACUCUGGACCUUCCUUCUCGCCCUGGGGCAUUUCCUCUCUGAGCUGUUUGUAUAUGGGACAGCAGCUCCCACGGUUGGCGUCCUGGCACCCCUGAUGGUGGCAAGUUUCUCUGUCCUGGGCAUGCUGGUUGGGCUCCAGUACCUGGAAGCAGAACCAGUAUCGAGACAGAAGAAGAGAAAUUGAGGCCAAUACCACCACCUCCGCGACUUCAUCGUCUUCCACCUUUUGCUGUCCUCUUCCUUUAUUUUCUUUGCUCUUCAAUUUUUUCUUUUCUGAUCCAUUAGCCUGUUUAUCCACUUCUAGCCUUUUAAGUUUUUUUCUACAUUUUGAAAAAUUUUAAGAUAUAACAUACACACAAAAAAAGUGCAUAACAUGUAUGUACAAUUCAAAGAAAAAUUUUAAAGUGAACCCUGUAACUCCAGGUCAGGAAAUUGCCAGCAUCUCAGAAGCCCACUGUGCAACCUUCCCCCACCCUUAUAGUUGCAACCUCUUCCAGGCUCCCUUCCAGCCUUCUGCUUUUUCCCUUUCAUUUUUGUCCCUUGAUUUGCUUGGGUGGUGGGAACAUGUGAAUGGGGAAAUUUAAAGCUGCUGCCUCUCCCAGAGCAGCUGCCACCAAGGGCUGCUUCAAGACGUCGUCCUCCCAGAGUGGGCUCCUCUCUGUGCUGGACUCAAGGCUCUGCCCCAUCUGAGGGACAGGCAGCUCUUCUAAGAAGGGCUUCCCUGAGAGUAAGCAGGCCCAUGGCUCUCCUUAUCUACAGGUGGACCAGGGUCAGAAGACUCUGUUUUUAGACCUUCUGGUCAGCUGUAUUUGUGUAACAAAUUUUGUAAUAAAUAGAAAAACCCUCUGAUCAGUCCUUGUACUUUCACCUCCCCUAAGAAGAGAGCACCGCUGCCUCCUCUGAGCCCUAGGAGACUCACAGCUUUCUACUGAUUAAGUACACCAGAGUGAAUAGAACAGCUCGAGACCCAGGCAGACCUGGCUGCCUCCAGCUCCUUAUUGUCACUCGCUCAUUUCUCUCGUAUUCUUGAAGUCAUAUCUUUCUCCUCCCUGCCCACCUUCAAGACUCUAAGUUCACAACUGAACAGCUGGGACUUUUCACAUUUUCUUCUUGGGAAGAAACAGAUUCUUGUGAAAGCAGAGGCAGAGCACUGAACCAGGCAGGACAGAAGAAACAGCUACAUGUCCAUGAAAAGGGGAUAACUAAGCCCCAAGGAUAAUGCAUGAGUCAACAGUUGCCCUACAGACUCUACCCUGAGGGCCUUCACACUGGCUGAGCCCUCACACACAGCCUCUAGACUCAAGAGUUCAUCACUGCCACAAAUAUUUACUGCACAUUCACUCCAUGUCAGACACUUGGGAUAGAGGAGUGAAUGACACAAGCAAUGUCCCUGCUCCUGUGAACCUUACAUUAUAGUCAAGGAAACACAACCAAUGAGUCACUACAUGAUAGAAGAACUUCAGAUAGUGAUGAGAACCCUAAAGAAAACAAGGUAUUGUGAUCAAGAUGGGGGUACAUAAUUUAGGUUGAGUCAUCAGGAAAGGCCCCACUGAGGAGGUGGAAUGCGAGCCGAAACCUGAAUGCCCAGGAGUCAGCUGUCCUAAGAUACGAGGCAAGCACUUCAGGCAGAAGGAGCAGCAACUGGAAGGUCUUCAAGGAGCAGACAUAAGAUCAGUGUAACUGCAUAGUGUGGUAAAGAGUUGGUAAAUGAAAGGUAGGCGAUAAGGUCAGAAAGGGAGGCAGGGACCAUGUAAGGCCAUGGAAGAAAGCUUGGAGUUUAUACUUGAAUGCAUUGGGAAUUCUGUAUCAGUUAAGGCUUUUUAGAUGAAAGGAACAAAAUGUACCUUACACUUCCUUAAACAAUGAUAACAUUGGCGUACGUAACUGUAAAGUUAAAAGGAUCGUAGGCUUCAGGAAUGGUUCGAUCAGGGCUUCAGCUCCAAUUCGCUGCCAGUUCUUUUGCCUCUGCCCUCCUCUCUCUGUUGGCUUCAUCCUCGUACUGGCUUCCCUCAUGGUGCUGAAAGCAGUUGCAGGAAUUCCAGGCCUCACAGCCCCACAACGCUACAUCUGGAAAAAUAGUUCAGUGGUAGGAACUGUCUUUUCCUCAUUCACCAAUUAUUGUAAGGAGACGCUAAUAAUAGCAAUGAUCUACAGAGAGUUAACAUUUCAAUGUAGAUCCACCUGAUGUCACUUAAGAAAAAAAGAGUAAAUGAAAACAUAAAAUGAUUUGAAUGUUCUAAGCAUAUGUCAUAGAAGUGUGAUUGCAAAUAAGUAAAGGCAAGAUCUCAAAGGAUAAAGUAGGUAAAAUAUGUAGCAGACACUUGAAAUAUUAGUUGUGUUCAUAGCCCAGGCUUGGCUCCCUUCCCAGGUGACUUAAGGUGAUUUAAAGUAGAAGCAUAAUGUCUCUCUCUCCAGCUAAGAAUUGCUAGCAAAUAUGGUGCCAGCAUACUACAGACAUGGUGCAUCUCUCUUGGGAGGAAAUGUAUAGAAAGCUGAUAGCAGCAACACAACCAAGUAACAGCUAUAAGGUGAACGUGAUUGGGAAGGGAGGAGUGGCAGUAAGUAGGACAGACUGGAAGAAAAACAGUAAAACAGAAGUGCAGAUGCUGGGCUCGAGCUAUGGGACUUUGGCCAGACCAAGCUAGUGCGUGGCUGGUGUGAUCGUAGAACAAACACUUCAGCCCACUCGUGAGGCAGAGUCAGAAACAACAGUGGGCUCUCGUCGGCAGUCACAUGCUGGUAAACUAUCCACAUGUGUACGCAGUAUGGAAACAGGUCAGGGCCACACGUUGGGCAUGAAGUUGCAGUUCUCCAUGUAGGCAGACUAACUUUCACAACCUUGUCUUUAAAAAAAAUCACGCACCAGGGGACCACGGUCUCAGGAAACAUCUAGCUCAACUGGCAUAAAGAAAAUGUUCUACAUCCUACUUUGGUGAGUUGCA